UUCACGUGACUCUCAAAAUGGCCACUGUCAACAAACUUUUCAAUAUUUCUGUGUUUCAGUUUUUGGCGUUUGUUUCAUUCUCGUUCUGCAAUUCUAAACCAAAUAUUGUGUUUGUUCUAACGGACGAUCAAGAUGUCACGAUGGGUGGUCAGCUUCCUAUGGUGAAGACUAAAAAACUGAUUGGAGACAAUGGUGUUAUCUUUACAAACAUGUUUACAACCAGUCCUCUAUGCUGUCCUAGUCGAUCCAGUAUCAUGACAGGCCGAUACGUCCACAACCAUGGGGCCUUUAACAACUCCCUGUCUGGAGGCUGCAGCAGCAAAACAUGGCAACAAAAACAAGAGAUUGAUGCCUUCCCAACAAAACUGAAGUCUAAAGGAUACUCGACAUUUUUUGCUGGGAAAUAUUUAAAUCAGUAUGGUCAUCAAGGUGCUGGUGGAGUUGAGCAUGUUCCACCUGGCUGGGAUGUUUGGAAUGGUCUUGUCGGUAAUUCAGUAUAUUACAACUACAGCCUAUCGGUGAAUGGGGUCAGAGAAAAACACGGCGACACAUAUCCACAAGAUUAUCUCACAGAUGUUAUUCACAAGAGAGCUAGAAAUUUUCUAGAUAAGCGAGACAAAUCAGCCCCCUUUUUCAUGAUGUUGUCUACCCCGGCAUGUCACGGCCCAUUCACUCCGGCCCCACAAUACAACAGCUCCUUUGCAGACAAACAGGCGCCCAGAGAGGGCAGCUAUAAUAAAAAAGGAGAUGAUAAACACUGGUUGAUUAGGCAAGCUAUUGUUCCAAUGCCUGAUGACACAGUUCAGAAUUCUGAUGACAUUUUCCGCAGAAGGUGGCGGACUCUUCAGUCGGUGGAUGAUAUGGUGGAGGAUAUUGUCCAGACUUUGAAACAGAAGAACCUCCUCGACAACACUUACAUUGUCUUCUCCUCUGACAAUGGCUACCAUCUAGGUCAGUUUGGUCUACCAUACGACAAGAGGCAGUUGUACGAGUUUGACAUUCGAGUGCCGCUAAUGGUCCGGGGGCCAGGAAUCAAGCCUAAUCAGACAUCGAAUAAAAUAGUAGCCAACAUCGACCUUGCCCCCACAUUUCUGGACCUAGUGGACAGGACGGUACUGCCCAAUGUUGAUGGUCUGUCAUUUAGACCAUACCUGUACCCGGACCAGAACUCAAGUGUACCCUUGAGGGACUUCAUUCUGAUUGAACACUCUGGGGAGCAUGUUAAUGAUGUACAGGGCUGCCCGGGGUAUAAGAACCAAGGGUUAAAUAACUGUGAUAGACACUGUGUGUGCGAGGACUCCUGGAAUAAUACGUUUGCCUGCCUCAUACAGCUACAGGGGGCGUCCACGUUUAAGACGUGCGAGUUAAUGGAUAAUGAGAAUUUUGUGGAGAUAUAUGACCUCAAGUCUGACCCGUAUGAGCUGACAAAUCUCUAUAAAACAAUGGACCCCAAGCAGUUCUCCAACCUUCAGAGACAGCUGCAUUAUCUUGCCACGUGUAAAGGACCGCAGUGCAAUAGUGUGCCGUCAAACUUACUCAAAUAGUCAGAUAUGAAUCUGUGAUACAAAUGUAGUUUAUGUAAAUGGAUAUGAAAAUAAUUGUUUUUAUGAUGACCAAAAUGAAACAAACUAGCUGGAACAAGUGUGCAAUGUUGGACUUAUUAUCACAUUUAAUUUUGUAUUGAGGAUGUUGGGUGCUAUAAUGAAGGUGUAACUUGCAUUUUGUUAUAGAGAGCAAUAUGUCGUAUGAUUCUGUGGAAGUUCAUAUUAUGUGGUAUACAAAAGUCUUAAGUCACACUUUUGUUUCAACAUUGACAUCAAUGACACCAAAUAAGUUGAUUAACUAGUUAAGUUUAAACUUAUUUAUUUUACAUUUCAACAAUUGUGAAACAAGUUAUUACAACAUUAUAAUAAUUCCCCACAUCUGCAUGAUGCUAUUUGACCAAAAAGUAAUUGUUGUUGUUGUUAAAUUUCUUUCUCCUCAUUUUUUGUUGAGAUUAUCUUAUCAUUGAAUACAGUAUGUACAUGUGUACAUUCCAUACAUGGCAGUUUGUAAGUUAUGUGUACAUUGUUUUGUAUUGGUCAGCUGUGGAUGUGGUACAUCUACUGAUGACAUGUUAUAGUUGUAUUGGUCAACUGUGGAUGUGGGACAUCUACUGAUGACAUGUUAUAGCUGUAUUGGUCAACUGUGGAUGUGGGACAUCUACUGAUGACAUGUUAUAGUUGUAUUGGUCAACUGUGGAUGUGGGACAUCUACUGAUGACAUGUUAUAGCUGUAUUGGCCAACUGUGGAUGUGGGACAUCUACUGAUGACAUGUUAUAGUUGUAUUGGUCAACUGUGGAUGUGGGACAUCUACUGAUGACAUGUUAUAGUUGUAUUGGUCAACUGUGGAUGUGGGACAUCUACUGAUGACAUGUUAUAGUUGUAUUGGUCAACUGUGGAUGUGGUACAUCUACUGAUGACAUGUUAUAGUUGUAUUGGUCAACUGUGGAUGUGGUACAUCUACUGAUGACAUGUUAUAGUUGUAUUGGUCAACUGUGGAUGUGGUACAUCUACUGAUGACAUGUUAUAGUUGUAUUGGUCAACUGUGGAUGUGGUACAUCUACUGAUGACAUGUUAUAGUUGUAUUGGUCAACUGUGGAUGUGGUACAUCUACUGAUGACAUGUUAUAGUUGUAUUGGUCAACUGUGGAUGUGGGACAUCUCCUGAUGACAUGUUAUAGUUGUAUUGGUCAACUGUGGAUGUGGGACAUCUCCUGAUGACAUGUUAUAGUUGUAUUGGUCAACUGUGGAUGUGGGACAUCUCCUGAUGACAUGUUAUAGUUGUAUUGGUCAACUGUGGAUGUGGUACAUCUCCUGAUGACAUGUUAUAGUUGUAUUGGUCAACUGUGGAUGUGGUACAUCUCCUGAUGACAUGUUAUAGUUGUAUUGGUCAACUGUGGAUGUGGUACAUCUACUGAUGACAUGUUAUAGUUGUGUCCACACAUGUUGAAGAAUCUCAUCAUUGUUUGUCAGAGACAUACAUUUAUGUAGAAUAUUUUUUUAAAAGUUGUUAGUUAUCAAGUUGUUAAUGUCAUAUCGUUUGUAUCGAUAAACAAUUUUACAUGGUGCCCGCCUUCUGAAAAGAAAAAGGAAGUGUGUUGCAUUAAAUCAAACAUGUUAUUGUACAAUAAAGUUGAAAUUGUCA